AUGGCUAUUUCGAACUUUUUAAAUCCUAUCGACGAGCAAAUCAACAAUACAGAAGUUACAACAGAUGAGGAGGGUAUACUACAGGAGAUUUUGGAUGAGCAUCUUAGUGAUCCUACUCAAAAUGAUGAGCAAGAAGAGGAGCCUGAGACUGAAGAGGCUGUUUAUUCAGCCUCUGAUGCUCGCAAUGCCCUUAAAGUUCUGAUUGAGUAUACGGAGUGUCAGGAUGCUCUCCAAGCCAAUCACCUCAGGGCAUUAGAGCGUUUGGAGGGUGAAAUUGAGGCAAUUCAGCUUAAUUCAUUGGUUCAGGAGACAUUGGAUAGGUGGAUUACAUAA